AACUCUGGUGACAUACUAUCCCGCAGACUGACAGGCUUUUGGCUGCUUCUGGCUGCCACACCCACACAUGAGCUGCAGCAACUCUAUAAAGUCAGACUAUUCUGCAACUUACUUAAGGGAAGAGACUCUACUCCCAUCUUCACCAGGUCAUUCAGGAGUCAGAGUGGUGUGUAUAGGAGAGGAGGCCCAGACCAGAGCUCUAACAUAAUACAGAAGUCACAGCCCUACAGCAACAUACAUGACCAUCUUCUGAGAGGAGGCCCAGACCAGAGCUCUAACAUACUACAGAAGUCACAGCCCUACAGCAACAUACAGGACCAUCUUCUGAGAGGAGGCCCAGACCAGAGCUCUAACAUACUACAGAAGUCACAGCCCUACAGUAACAUACAGGACCAUCUUCUGAGAGGAGGCCCAGAGGAUGUCUCGUUGGGGCCGUAAAGACGUGAAGAAGACUCCUGAGGUGAUCAGGACGGUGACAGAGGGGUUAAAGUCUCUGUACCAUCAGAAGCUCCUCCCCCUGGAGCAGCACUACGGUUUCCAUGACUUCCACUCCCCCUCUCUGGAGGACGCAGACUUUGACAACAAACCCAUGGUGCUGGUGGUGGGGCAGUACUCCACUGGCAAGACUAGCUUCAUCAAGUAUGUGUUGGAGCAGGAUAUCCCAGGAAGCAGGAUAGGACCAGAGCCCACCACUGACUGUUUCACAGCCAUCAUGCACGGUGAGGUGGAGGGAGUUAUCCCAGGCAACGCUCUCAUCGUCGACCCCAACAAACCCUUCCGCAAUCUCAACCCCUUUGGAAACACCUUCCUGAACAGGUUACAGUGUGCCCAGCUGCCAAAUCAGGUCCUGGAGAGCAUCAGCAUUAUCGACACGCCGGGGAUCCUGUCAGGAGCAAAACAGAGGGUGAGCCGAGGUGAGAAGAGCAAGGCUCAGGAGUGGACAGGAAAAGGCUAUGACUUCCCAGCGGUGUUGCGAUGGUUUGCAGAGCGUGUUGACCGUAUCAUCCUCCUGUUCGACGCCCACAAGUUGGAGAUCAGUGAUGAGUUCUCCGAGGCCAUCGGAGCACUGCGUGGAAACGAGGAGAAACUGCGUGUCGUCCUGAACAAGGCUGACAUGGUGGGAACACAACAGCUGAUGAGAAUCUACGGAGCUCUAAUGUGGUCUCUGGGCAAGGUGUUCAACACCCCAGAGGUCGUGAGGGUGUAUAUCGGGUCGUUCUGGUCUGAACCACUGCUGGUCCCUGAUAACCGUCGUCUGUUUGAGCUGGAGGAGGAGGAUCUGUUUAGUGACAUCCAGAACCUUCCCCAUAAUGCAGCCCUCAGGAAACUCAACGACCUGGUGAAGAGGGCACGACUGGUCAGAGUGCAUGCCCACAUCAUAAGUUACCUGAAGAAGGAGAUGCCAACCUUCAGGAAGGACAACAGAAAGAAGAACCUAAUCUACCAACUUCCUGUCAUCUUCUCCAAGAUCCAGCUGCAACACCACAUCUCUGCUGGGGACUUCCCUGACUGCGCCAAGAUGCAGGAGCAGCUGUUGACCCAUGACUUCAGUAAGUUCAAGCCCCUGAAACCGUCCCUGAUGGCUGCUCUGGAUGAGCUGCUGGCAUCCGACAUCGCCAAGCUGAUGCCCCUGCUGCGCCAGGAGGAGGUCAACCUGGGGGAGCAGCCAGGGGUACAGGGGGGGGCCUUCCUGGGAACCCGCGCCGGGCCCUUCGUGGUGAACGACCCAUUUGGAGAAGUGGAGAAGGAGGGCGAGGAUGGGGGCGAGAUGGCCUGGGUGGUGACCAAGGACAAGCCCAAAUAUGACGAGAUCUUCUACAACCUGGCGCCCAACGAGGGCAAGCUGAGUGGCACCAAGGCCAGGGACUGGAUGGUGAGCACCCGGCUGCCAAACUCCGUCCUGGGGAGGAUCUGGAAGCUGUCGGAUGUGGACCGAGAUGGCAUGCUGGAUGACGAGGAGUUUGCCCUGGCCAGCCACCUGAUUGAGGUGAAGUUAGAGGGGCAUGGUCUGCCACCCGAGCUGCCAGCACGCCUGGUGCCCCCCUCCAAGCGCAGGCAGAAAGGAUCUGAUAUAUAGAGAGACUACAUUAACCUACCCUUUGGAGCUGAGAGUAUAACCCUCUGACAGCUGACACACACACUACUGCCCCCCUAUGUUGUCCCCUACGUUGUCCCCUACAUUGUCCCCUACCUUGUCCCCCUACUUUGUCCCCCUACUUUGUCCCCUACAUUGUCCCCUAGACCCUUACAUUGUCCCCUAGUCCCCUACGUUGUCCCCCUACUUUGUCCCCUGUGUUGAACCCUACAUUGUCACCUAGUCCCCUAUGUUGUCCCCUAGUCCCCUACAUUGUCCCCUACGUUGUCCCCUGCAUUGUCCCAGUCCCCUACAAUGUCCCCAGUCCCCUACGUUGUCUCCUACAUUGUCUUCUAGUCCCCUACAUUGUCCCCUACGUCAUCCCCCAGUCCUCUACAUUGUCCCCUAUGUUGUCCCCUACGUUGUCCUCAGUCCCCUACGUUGUCCCCAGUCGCCUACAUUGUCCCCUACUUGGUCUUCUAGUCCCCUACAUUGUCCCCUACAUCAUCCCCCAGUCCUCUACAUUGUCCCCUAUGUUGUCCACUACGUUGUCCCCAGUCCCCUACAUUGUCCCCUACUUGGUCUUCUAGUCCCCUACAUUGUCCCCUACGUCAUCCCCCGGUCCUCUACAUUUUCCCCUACAUUGUCCCCUACGUUGUCCCCUACAUUGUCCCCUACGUUGUCCUCAGUCCCCUAUGUUGUCCCCAGUCCCCUACAUUGUCCCCUACAUUGUCUUCUAGUCCCCUACAUUGUCUCCUACAUUGUCCCCUACAUUGUCCCCAGUCCUCUACAUUGUCCCCUAGUACCCCACGUUUUCCCCUUGUGCCCUACAUUGUCUCCUUGUCUCAUUAUCUUUCCUUACUUCGUGUCUGUAAGCCCCUGGCUGCAUCUCAAUAGUCUUCGGUAGCUUUUUCUUCUCCUCUCCUGUAAAGUCACAUUUUCUUGUGUUUUAUUCCUACAGGAUAACAGAGGUCCGAUGCCGUUUCAUGUUUUGUAUUAAUGAAUAGGACAAAAGGACAGAAGGAGAGUAGAGAGGGAGAUCGUAAGUAGACAGAGUAGUGGAGAUGGGUCUUGAACCACCAAGUCCAAUGUGUCUCCACUCUAAUUCCUUUCCCAUAGUGCAGAUGAAGGAAAGGAAAGGAAAGGAAAGGAAAGGAAAGGAAAGGAGGAGGAGGAGGAGGAGAAGAUACUUCAUAUUAUUGAGAUGCACCACAUCUUUUUCCAAUUGGAUCUAAAUGUGUUUUGCUGAGUGAUGUCAAAUAAAAGCUAGUGGCCUGCUCUACUCUACUCUGCUCUACUCUACUCUACUCUACUCUACUCUGCUCUACUCUACUCUACUCUACUCUACUCUACUCUGCUCUACUCUACUCUACUCUACUCUACUAAUUACACACUGAUCUGAUUAUACAUGGCUCUGAAAGCUGCCUUACUAUAUUUGACUUGCUUUUACAUGGAGCUAUUUUGCAGGGGUUUAACAAAUCAAGACAGACAUACAUAGACGCAUGUUGAAUAUGUUCAAGUACACUAAUCUAUGUUCAUGUAUUUGACAGCUGUUGCCAUUAGGUACAGUAUAAAGCUUGUUUAGUCAUCUCUCUGUCUGUCUGCAGGGGCUGGUCCAACCAAUAACAUUGCAGUACUUAUAUAGUUAGUAUAGUUUUCCUCACACACUGUCACUGUCUUCUAUUCAGCUUUUGGGGGAUUGUUUAGUGAGUAGUGCUGUUGAUUUUCUAUUUACUAGACAAAUAACGGCAUGUGUUUCAAAUUAAUGUCAUAUGCUGUGAGAACAAUGUUGUUAUGUAAAACAGUGACUGCUGUUCACAGCUAACUCAACAGCUACAUGUUAUUAUUAUCAUUACCUAAUAAACUGUAUGGACUGUG